AUGUUUGCCCGUUUCAUAGAUGCAUUUACCAAACCGAGAAAUCCUUCCGUGAUCCUCGCUGUCGGCGAAGACCACGGCACCAUCGAUGUUCUCCAUCUUCAUCCUGAGACUGGAGACGUCGAACGCUUUGGCAUAAGUUCCCACUCUCCCACAUUUCGGUGCGACGGCUCUAGAGAGACGACCCGUGAGCAGAUCGGGACAGUUACACUCCCCGCCGGAGGCUGCACUGUUACUGGCAGCUUCCUUGAAGACGUUACGGCACAGAUCCGCAAGCGAUGGGAUAACUCCAUGGUUUCGAACCCUUCAAGCGUUGAGUCAGUGGCCCAGUUGGUUCAAGAAGUUCUUAAACCCGCUACCCUCGAGGUGAUUCGAGAACGGAAGGAAGGAGGUGUUGCUGCGAAGGAAACGAAGACUCACUCAGUCUAUCUCAUCUACAUCACACGCCCAAAGCCAGGGAAGGUGGUGAGCCUUGAGCCAACCAGCCUUGGAUAG